CUGCGGGCUGAUACAGAGCGGCGGGGACUCCUCGGGGGGCUGAGACGCUGCUCCUGCUGCUGCUGCUGCUGCGGAUUGACCCGGGUUUAAUGUUAUUGCGCGUUUCUCCGGUAGAUGAUGUUGCGGAAUGGCAUUAAGGCGCCGGCGAGCCCCCGGUACGCUCUGUGUGUUCUGCGCGGGCGGUAGAAAUGAGCGCGGUGAGCUGCCUGUGGCGUGGAUUACUGCGGCUGCUGGAGAAGAAGGAGACGGUAACCUGUGAGGAGUUGCAGCACUGAUGUUGAUGCUGGUCACCUCUGGGCGUGCUCAGUCCACACUUGAGCACUAAGAUGAGUGGAGCAGCGGAACAGGCUGACAUACUGUCAGUUGGAAACGUAGUCCGAGAGCGAUGGAGAGUGAUAAAGAAGAUUGGUGGCGGUGGCUUUGGUGAGAUAUAUGAAGUGCUGGACCAGCUGAACCAGUGCAAUGUGGCACUUAAAGUGGAAUCUGCCCAACAACCCAAACAGGUCCUGAAGAUGGAGGUAGCUGUCCUAAAGAGACUCCAGGGUAAGGACCAUGUUUGCCGCUUUGUUGGUUGUGGACGUAACGACCGAUUCAACUAUGUGGUGAUGGAACUUCAGGGAAGAAACUUGGCAGAUCUUCGGCGCACUAUGAGCCAAGGUACAUUCUCUGUGUCCACUACCCUCAGGCUUGGCAGGCAGAUUCUGGAGGCCAUUGAGAGUAUCCACUCAGUGGGCUUCCUCCACAGAGACAUCAAACCGUCCAACUUCGCCAUGGGCCGCUUGUCUAGCACUUGCCGAACCUGCUACAUGCUUGAUUUUGGUUUGGCACGCCAGUUUACAAACUCUUGUCAAGAAGUCCGACCACCUCGUCCUGUGGCAGGAUUCAGGGGAACUGUGCGUUAUGCCUCAAUCAAUGCUCACAAGAACAAGGAAAUGGGUCGGCAUGAUGACCUGUGGUCUCUUUUUUACAUGCUUGUGGAGUUCAUGGUGGGCCAACUACCCUGGAGGAAAGUCAAGGACAAAGAGCAAGUGGGGAAUCUGAAGGAGACGUAUGACCAUCAUCUUAUGCUCAAGCACCUUCCCUCAGAGUUUAUUGUUUUUCUUGAACACAUCUCAAACCUUGACUACUUCACUAAACCUGACUAUCAGCUCCUGAUGUCUGUAUUUGAGAAGAGUAUGAAGAGUUACAAUGUCAUGGAAAAUGACCCCUAUGACUGGGAGAGAACUGAUUCAGAGGAUUCCCUCACAGUUGCUGCUCUUGCAACUACAGCGCAACAGCUGACUCGUCUCACUCCAGCUUAUAUGGGGAUGGCCAAUGCCUCUGCAAUUCCGGGUGACAUGCAGCGCGAAAACACAGAGGAUGUCCUUCAGGGCGAGCGGCUCAGUGAAGCGGACAAUUGCCCCCCCAUUCCGCCCCAGCAUACUCAGGGAGCUGAUGUAUGGGAGGAGAUGGAGCGCAGUCGAGACCGCAACCGCAAUCACGUUCAGCCACUGAUCAGAAAGGUGGCCAGUGAAGAGGAGAGGAGUAAAGAGGGCAAUCAGAGCCCCAACAGUGGCUCCAUCCAAGGUUCUCCGAGACGAGUUCGCUCUGAAACGUUACUCAUUGAUCGCGUGGCUCCGCUGUUGAGGAGGAUACGUCACAGUCAGAGUAUGGGCCUGGACAAGAGACUGACCCCUGAACCCAAACCCACUAUUGAACGCUUUCUGGAGGCCUACCUAGGAAAGCAGCGACCUGGACUAUCCCAGGACAGGACUGGCUGUCGUAUCGAGCAAGGCUCUUUGGAGGAUGAGGAGGGGGCAGCCAGCAGUGGCUAUGUAGCAGUUAACCUCAGCCCAGUGCCCCAAGAGGGUGACUCCCAGGAGUGGGUUCUAGUUGAACUGGAAGGAGGUAGUGGUUCAGCUGGCUCUAAGCCUGAUGAGGAGGAACGCUCUGGGGUGUCCCCUCGCUCCUCUAGCCCCCUGGCUCUGCCUCGCACAUGGUCUGACCCCCUGCCCCAGCGGGCCAGUAGCCUUAGUGGCUCUGGGGAGCUUCAUGCUGCUCUCUGUCACACGGGCCCUCCGUUUGCCAGGCUACCUUGCCUACCGGGUCUAACUGGGUUGUCUGGGGUAACUGGGCUGAGGAGGCUGCCCACUCUUCAGCCUGCCUCAGUGGUCCACCUUAGCAGAACUCAGCUAGAACAGUUAUCCAGCACUUUUCCUGAGUCCAUCCAUCUUCAGCAAAAGUGUGAAAGUGAUCCUGUUCAAGAUGAUCCAGUGGAUGAGAAACCACAUCAUAUGCCCGUAGGUUCACCACCGAAAAUGUCUUUUCAGCUUCCUGACCCUGUGAACGACCAACUGACCUCCGUCAAAGCCACAGAGAAAGAUGUGGAGAGUGACUCAGGCUGUCCGGACGGUGGUGCUUCCACAACUCCAAACCAGGGUGAGACGACUGGAGACACAGUGGAUGCAGCUCUUGCCUCUCCAGUUCCAGCUUCACCACGGGAACUAUCUCCAAGGGCCAGCCGCAUUCCUGUUCGUGAUCCAGACUCCCCUACCAGGAAGAGUUUUCCUGCCCCUCUCUCACCAUCCCUCUCACUGUCCUGCGAGCACUUCCCCUCAGCACUGCUCCGGGACAAGUUCUCCUUCCCUUCUGAUCGAGGAUCUCGUGGCUCUGAUUAUCAGGGAGACGACCUCCUGUCGCUGUCCUCCUCCUCAGGCGCGCUGUCCAGCAGGAGUAAGAUACCGAGGCCGAUCAGCCCCACACUUGUGCCAGAGCAGUUGUCUGCUCGCUUUAUGCCACGACCACCCCCAGGAAAACCACCCCUCCGCCCAGGAGGAGACAACAGGCGCAGGCGCUACCGUAUCCGGGCCAGCAGUACCAGUGAUGCAGAUCUCCUGGAUAACCUUACUCAGCUGAUGCAAGAGCGAGGAGGCGUGGCUGCUUCUCGUUACCAGCGCACCACUUCCUCUAUACAGCGCUCACUAAGCUCAUCCCCUUCUCGCUUUGAGGGAUGCCAUAGCCAAUCACCAGUCAGCAUUUCAGGCUCUCCUCCCCCACGACUCAGUGAGAUCAGAAUUAAUCGCGGGUUGGGAUACUGUGCCAAAGGAAGAUCAGGAAGCCCAGAGAACAAACCUAUAACGAAGGUGAACAAAUAAAACCACUAAAGAAGUUACUGUUGUGAUGAUGGGCCUCAGAUGACUUUAUCCAUUUAAGACUAAUCAAGUGGUUAAAAGCAGCUUUGAACUUAUGGAUGAUUUGAGUGAGAAAACAGUAAAUGUGAUGGACUUUGUAUGGCCUAUUUUAAUUAAAUGACGAGGAGAUGUAAAGGAAAAAAAUGAAAAGUUUGGCAGAGAGACAAUUAUGGUUUAGAUUACUUGAAAGCAUUGUGUAUAUGCCAUUUUAAUCAUACCUCUGGCAUUCACAUGCUUUUCUUCAACUCUCCUUUUUUUCUUGGCAUUCCAUCGUUUGCUUUUAAUUUGUACUCAUUUUAAUCCAGCUAUAAACUUGUCUUAUAAAUGGAUUAAAAUUCUUAAGUGCAGUUCAUGUAUUUUGUGCCAAUGUAUUUGCAUAACUUUGCCCUCUAUAGGAAUUCCCAUCUUUGUAAAUGGUUGUUUUACAUGCUCAUAGGCCCAAACCAGUGCCAGAAGUGCAUCUGAAGCUUAAACUGUGUGCAAGUGUGAUUGUUAAAAUGGAUCAAAUGAAUAAAUGCAGACUGUAUUUUACUUGUGAGAAUGCAUGCGAUCAAGUAUAGGGGAGCUCCAGCUGCAGUUUUGGCAUUGGUUUGUUAUCAUGGAUUUUGCCUCAGUCAUAUUGCUCUUUUUCUGCAGUUAUUGCUGUUUUUUUUUAUUUACGUUUACCAUAUUUUUUAAUGCAACCAUCAUUUAGCUCUCAUGCCAAAUGACAUCCAUCCAUGCUGAAUAUACGUUGUAUGUAUAGACUUAUAUGGUCUAAGAAAGCAUGUGUAUAUAUGUACUUCAGGGAAUGUAUGUACUGUAAACAAUAUCAUCUAUAGAAUGUAUUUAUUUAUUUAUUAGAUGUGUUAAUGAAACAAUGACGAUGUAGCUCAACGACUUGCUACUGAGUGACCUUGCAGUCACGUUAUUAAGGGUCAGCAACUUUGCAAUUGCCAAGUAUAAUCUCUUCAGCGCUUGUAAUAUCCUGUUACCAUAUGUCCUGUAAAUAUUGGCACCAUCAUUAAGAAACUUAAUGAAUCUCAGAGUAGCACUGUGGACCCUUCAAAUGAACUGUACAAGGAACUCUUUGCUCAAACUGAGAAUUGGAACACUGUAAGCACUACCAGAAUAUUACUUGAACAAAUCAGUGUAACAGCUAUUUAAUAAUCGCAAAAAAAGCAGUUCCAUUACCAUGGUCAUAAGAUGUCUUGCAUUAUUUUAUUGAGAGCUGUUUGAAAGGUAAAGGACCCCUGCAGAGACGCAUGUCAAAUGACUGUAAUCAUCAGAUCACAAAUAGAAUAUUCAGAGCGGCCACAGUGUCACAUAUUCAUAUCACCGUAUCUAAAAGAACUCUGUGUGUACUGUGUAGUUAGACUAGUGCUUUAGUUCUGUUUAGUCUCUUUUGACCUCGGAAGGUACUUGGUUACUUCACAUACAUCAGUAGAGAACCAUGGUAGUGACAUGGCUUAAUAAAUGUACAAAACUGUAUAUAGAUAUAAAUACAUUUAAGGGAACAACUCCAUGCUUCAUGUAAUGUAUUUUGCUAACAGACAUGGUUAAGUUAUGAAGAAAGGUGUUACUCUGUUGGAAUGUAUAUGUAUUCAUAACAUAACAAUAAAUACUGAAGUGCAAGACAUUAAUAAA